UUGUUUACGUGAGAAGGCCCUAUUCAAAUUGAUAGCAUCACCUUAUAUCGGAGCAGUGUUGCGUUCAGCGCUGAGCCACCAGGUCGUGCACAAUGUGGAAGGUCAUCGCGCUGCUGGGCAUUGUGAGUGCCGCACCGUCCGACGACCAAAUCAGACUAGACUUCAACCCGAUCAACCAAUUCACGCUACAACUCCUCGACAACACGUUCGCGUUCCAAGACAACUUCGGGAGAAGCAACAUCGCCAUAUCGCCCCUGUCCGUUUGGGGAAUAUUCUCCCUGCUCGCCGAGGCCUCGACGGGAGAAACUUUCAAGGAGCUGACCAAGGGAUUGAGGCUGCCGGGGGACUUGAGAUCCACUCAAGCCCUGCACGGAGCCAUCGUCAACCUGCUGCAUAGUGAAGACAGUGAUGUGUGCAUUAGUGAACAAUCCACUAUCUUUGCCGACUGUGACUUAAAGAUACAUCAGGAAUUCUGCCAGUCGGCCAAUUAUUAUAAUACCGGCGUAUAUCUCGUGGACGCAAAAAAUACCACCAAGCUAGCAGACGAUAUAAACUACUACAUCUGUCUAGCGACGCAUGGGAAAAUUAAGCAUGCAGUGCGAGCUCAAAUGCUGGAGAAUCUAAGACUGAUCUUAGUGGACGCUUUAUAUUUUAAAGCGAGCUGGACGAAUCCUUUCGAUCCGACUCAGACGAAGGAGGAGUCCUUCUACAAUUCUCAAGGCAAAACUAUCGGUACGGUGAACAUGAUGUACCAUAAGGAGAAACACAACGUCGGCGAAUACAACCAGAUCGGCGCUCAGGUGCUGGAACUAUCUUACGGCAAAACCCAGCAGUUCUCUAUGCUCCUGAUGGUCCCGUACGACGGCAUGCCUUUGAAGACGAUGCUGAGCAAUCUGGCGACGCAGUCUUUGGAUUGGAUGGCGGAUUUCAUGUCGACGGAGUACUUACAGGAGGUAGACGUGUAUGUGCCUAGAUUUAAAAUUUCCUCGCAAAUAGAUCUGAUCCCACCGUUGCAGUACAGUGGAAUACAGCGGAUAUUUGACGUUGACAAAGCCGAGCUGCCCGGUCUGUCUGACAGUCCGCUUUUCGUAUCGAAGACGAUACAGAAUGUAGACAUUGAGGUAACAGAAGAAGGAACCGUCGCUGCCGCUUCUACCGUCGUCGGUUUAGAAGAUAGGAUCUUAGGGCAACGUUUCGAAGCGAAUAAGGAGUUUGCUUUUGCGAUCAUUGACAAAAAGACUGGUCUGAUAUUAUUGUCCGGAGUGUACGCUGAUCCUAAGCCGGUGUGAAUACUGUGAUUCUUCGAAAUAAAAUAUGUUUUAAGUAA